AAGCCCUUUUCCCCAACUCUUUCAGACGUUACUCACUCUCUUCUGCGUCUCUUCACACUCACAACUCAAACCAGAGUACAAUUCUCCUAAAUUACCAGGAAAAAAAAAAAUACAAAAAGCUAAGCAGAGAAUCCAUUCUAUUCCCUCCUUUUUCUUUUUUUUUGAUUCUUCAUUUUAUGUACAGCAACUUUCUCCUAACCGAAGUACUUCGAAGUAUAGUUUUUUCCGUCUUUAACAAAAGAAUUUUGUGCCUUGUUAUUGGGUUCUUCUUCUUUGCUUUCUGACCAUUCUUUUUUGGGAUUGAUAUUAGUAAGUCAGCGAUUUCAGAAUCAGCACCACACUAUAUAAAACUCCUUCAUUCUUUUCUUCAAUCUUUCUUUCUCUGUAUUUUUCUUUUUGGGGUUUAAUUUCUGAUGGAUUCAGCUGUGCUUGAUAGCAUAAUUAAUAGGUUGCUUGAUGUUAAGGGUAAACCUGGGAAACAAGUUCAGCUUUCUGAGCCUGAGAUCCGCCAACUUUGCCUUGUUUCUAGGGAUCUUUUCUUGAAGCAGCCUAAUCUUCUUGAAAUUGAAGCACCUGUUAAGAUUUGUGGAGAUAUACAUGGGCAGUAUUCUGAUCUCCUGCGACUGUUCGAAUAUGGUGGAUUACCUCCAAAAUCCAAUUACUUGUUCCUGGGUGAUUAUGUUGAUCGCGGGAAGCAGAGUCUGGAAACAAUAUGUCUUCUCCUUGCAUAUAAAAUUAAAUACCCCGGGAACUUCUUUCUUUUAAGGGGCAACCACGAAUGUGCUUCUGUAAAUCGUAUAUAUGGAUUCUAUGAUGAGUGUAAAAGAAGGUUUAAUGUCAGACUCUGGAAAGUCUUUACAGAUUGCUUCAACUGCCUUCCCGUGGCAGCACUCAUUGAUGAAAGGAUUCUAUGCAUGCACGGGGGACUUUCACCUGAGUUACAUAAUCUAGACCAAAUUCGCAAUCUUCGUCGUCCAACUGAUGUUCCCGAUAGCGGUUUGUUGUGUGAUCUUUUAUGGUCCGAUCCUUGUAAUGACAUCCAAGGUUGGGGAAUGAAUGAUAGAGGCGUCUCCUUUACCUUUGGAGCUGAUACAGUCACUGAGGCUCUUCAAAAGUUGGAUCUUGAUCUUAUUUGUCGUGCGCACCAGGUUGUUGAGGAUGGCUACGAGUUCUUUGCUAAUAGGCAGCUUGUUACUAUAUUUUCAGCACCUAAUUAUUGUGGAGAGUUUGACAAUGCUGGAGCUAUGAUGAGUGUGGAUGAUACUUUAAUGUGUUCUUUCCAAAUAUUAAAGCCUGCUGAGAAGAGGCUGAAAUUUGGCUUUGGUAGCGCAACUAGUACCAAAACUGGAGGUCCAGCUAAGGUUAAGUCUUUUCUUGGGGGAAGAAUUUGACGAGGCGAACCAUCUUUGACGUAGUCAGAUGCAGAAGGUUUUCAUUACAUGGAAUGCAGGAUGGUAUGUGUUUUACCGGCAGGGCAGGUUUGGUGCGUUUGAUGUAUCAAAUUUAGCCAAAGUAAAAGCCGCAAAGAGAUAUUGGUUCGGGAGGGCAAUGUCGUCGUUCUUCAGUCUUUAUAUUUGCUAAUAUAUUGUACAAGUUACUGGUAAAAGGCUUAUGAUAAAUGUAUGGUGUAUGAAUUGGUAUGAAAGAUGUACAAUACCAAUUACCAACAGGAUUUGCUAACCAGGAAGUCUUAGUUAUCAAUGUUAUCAAGUCUCUAAUUUAAUUUGCUGUCAUUUUGAAACUUGAUAACAUGAAUCAUGAAUGUAUUGAGUAUUGAGUUCUAGCUUAUUUUUUUG